AUGCCUCCCAAACGAAAAGCAGAAGAAUCUGCGGCUGCUGCCAGCAAGAAGCUCAAAUUGGUCGAGGAAGGCGCGUCUAAAGUCGAAGCCAUUCUGAAAGACGCGUCAACCUUCGAGGUCCCUGAAGGAGACGACGAAGUUCGCAAAGAAAUGCUUCAGCUCGCCCAAUAUGCGCGUAUGCUUGAGGACGAACUCGCCGCUUUAAAACCCAAGUUCAAGUCCGCGGAAGACCUGGCGAAGGAGGUCGACAAGCUCGCGUCUGUUAUCUGCAGUGGAAUCAAGAAACAAAUGAGUUGGAAGCCCUCUUGCAAAACUGGCUCAGCCAAGUGGGUAUACGACGGAUUGUGCAACGACCCGCUAGUCUUUGGGAUGUUGUUCAAGCAAGGCGGUCCGCCUAAAUUCAAGGCCAAAAAGUUCAGCGCGGAUGAGUUCCACAAUUGCGUUGGAAGCUUCCACGGGAGCGUCAGAUAUGACUAUCUCUAUCUUCGGAGCGAUGUAAACGUUCGGUGGAUUGGAGACGGAACCUUCAAGCUCAGCGGGUCAUAUGGCGUUUAG